CCAACACGAUUGCUCUGUCUUUCACGCACUCCUCUUCUUAGCACUGCAAAGCUCUGCAAUCUUCCACUAUCAAAAGCAGUGAAAUAUAGCCGUUUUUCAUCCCUUUCCUCUUCUCCUUCUUUCUCUCUCUAUCCAUUUUCAACGCUCUCUUAGGCCUCUCCCCUGAUAAUGUAAACACAGUGAAGUCUUUCAUCUCUUAAUUCGUGUUCUACCCACUCAAGAUUCAGUGGAAUGGCUCCCAUUCGUAACUUAUUCUUCAUCUUUCUUCUUCCUAUUUGCCUGUUUGUAACCCUUUCCUCGGCUGCAGAUCCGUUUGCUUUCUUUAAUUUUGAAGUCUCCUACAUCACUGCUUCUCCUCUGGGUGUUCCUCAACAGGUUAUUGCUAUAAAUGGGAAGUUUCCUGGUCCUCCUAUCAAUGUAACUACCAACAACAAUGUAGUUAUCAAUGUCCGGAACAAGUUGGAUGAGAGCCUCCUCAUGCAUUGGUCUGGAGUUCAACAGCGGAGAAGUUCAUGGCAAGAUGGUGUUCUUGGAACUAAUUGUCCAAUUCCUCCCAAGUGGAACUGGACUUACCAGUUUCAAGUUAAGGAUCAGAUAGGGAGCUUCUUUUACUUUCCAUCGCUCCAUUUCCAGAGAGCGUCGGGUGGAUUCGGUGGCAUUAUUAUUAACAACAGACCUAUAAUCCCCAUUCCUUUUGCUACCCCAGAUGGAGACAUUGUAAUUUUGAUUGGUGAUUGGUACACCAGGAAUCACACGGCUUUGAGAAAAACCCUUGAUGAUGGGAAGGAUCUUGGAAUGCCACAUGGUGUUCUCAUCAAUGGAAAAGGCCCUUACAGAUAUAACGACACGCUAGUCCCUGAUGGUAUCGAACACGAAACAAUUGAAGUUCAUCCAGGGAAGACGUACCGGAUUCGCGUGCACAAUGUUGGAAUAUCUACUAGUCUGAAUUUCAGGAUACAAAACCACAAUCUUCUAUUAGCAGAAACAGAGGGGUCAUAUACAGUGCAACAGAAUUAUACUAGCUUAGAUAUACAUGUAGGACAGUCAUAUUCAUUUUUGGUAACCAUGGAUCAGAACGCGAGCACUGAUUAUUACAUUGUAGCUAGUGCUCGGUUUGUCAACGAGUCUCUUUGGAAAAGAGUUACCGGUGUUGCUAUCUUGCAUUACUCUAAUUCCAAAGGAAAGGCAGCUGGUCCCCUUCCGGAAGCACCAAAUGAUGAAUUUGAUAAAACUUUCUCAAUGAACCAGGCAAGAUCAAUCAGAUGGAAUGUAUCCGCAAGUGGUGCUCGUCCCAAUCCUCAAGGAUCAUUCAGAUAUGGCUCGAUUAAUGUUACCGAUGUUUACGUCUUGCAAAAUAAACCUCCUGUGUCGAUCAGUGGCAAACAGAGAACAACGCUAAAUGGAAUCUCGUUUGUCAAUCCAUCCACACCAAUCAGAUUGGCUGACCAAUUCAAGUUAAAGGGUGUUUAUAAGCUCGACUUUCCCACUAGGCCACUUACAGGACCACCAAAGACAGAGACAUCAGUGAUUAAUGGAACCUAUAGAGGGUUUAUGGAGAUUGUACUGCAGAAUAACGACACCAAGAUGCAGAGCUAUCACAUGAACGGAUACGCCUUCUUUGUCGUGGGGAUGGACUAUGGCGAGUGGACUGAGAAUAGCAGGGGCACAUACAAUAAAUGGGAUGGAAUAGCUCGCUCAACAAUUCAGGUUUAUCCGGGAGCAUGGACAGCCAUCUUGAUAUCUCUCGACAAUGUCGGAGUUUGGAACAUCAGGACAGAAAAUCUCGACUCAUGGUAUCUUGGGCAAGAGACAUACGUUCGGGUUGUCAAUCCUGAGGCGACUAACAAAACUGAACUGCCUAUGCCAGACAAUGCACUGUUUUGUGGUCAGCUUGGUAAAUUACAGAAGCCACAAGAUAUCUCUUCUGCAACACCAAUCAUGGGCGGUAAAUUGACGAUGCUAUUCACUCUGCUGACAAUCUUCUCCACUGUAAUAUCUGCUUUGCGCUAAGCAUCGUUGCUCUAUGCCUGCUCGUGUUAGUAAGUUGUCGGGCAUGUCGGGUUUGUGGUUGAGUGUGUGUGUAGGUCUGUAAGUCUUGUGGAUACCCAAUUUUUCAUGAUUUUUGCAUAGCAUUUUUUCCAACAUGCAAGCUGUAGAAGAUGUAUCUUUGAUUUUCGUUGUCCAUUCGAUUUGGAUUAAUCAUUCUUUCGAUUCUCGAGUCAUGAUACACGAACUGUACCUUCAAUGAUCCAUCUAUUUUCAUUACCACUGC